AUGACCGGCACGAACUCGCGGAGUCUGCAUGGCCACGCGUACCGCCCGCAGCCGUCGGCGGCGGCGAGUGGCGGGAAUCGAAGCAACAGCAUGCGUGGGCAACAGGCUCCGUACACGCACAGUGACAAGGACGAACAACUGUACAACCUCGUCAGUGACUUGAGCAACGCCUGUCGCAAGGACAGCAAUGCGAAUGCGCUCAAGGAUUACAACCUGAUCGAGACGUUGGAAAAGAGUGCCAAGGACAUUCUUGCACGGCGCAAUAGUCAAGACCCGGUUGGCGGCAACAACAUCGACGUGCCCCCCGACUCAAUCCAGAAGCGCCGCCGGUUGUCGGUCGAGGCUAACGACGACAGCGACGAAACCGCGUCGCCGUCGACCGCCAACACGACCCCGCGCUUCCAGACGAUCAAACGUCCUGUGGAAAACCCCCCCAAGCGCUACAAUAUGCCUACGUUCUUCACGUCCAUGCCGCCGCGCCAAGGGAGCAACGGGACGCUCGCCACUCCUCCUUCGUCGCAGUGUUCAGAGCCAGAACCGAAUGCAUCAUCGAAACCAUCGGUGAAAUCAUCGGCCACCGUCGACUUUCAGGAGUUCUCCGACAACGAAGACAAUGACGUGCCCUCGUUUAUGCGAGAGACCAUUUCGCGCGAGACCUAUUCUCGAGAAACGGCCGUUUACACGCGGGAAGCGUUGUGCAUGGACGACUUGUCCUUGGACGAGAUCAGUAUGAUUGCCCCUGGACAAGAAGACGUCCACCGCAAGCGGCAGCAUGACGCCAUGGCCAGCCACGACACCACCAAACGUCCAAGUGCUGCCCCUCAGCCGAUGGACAUCCAAAGCAUUAUGGACCAAGCCAAGGGCUCUGUGGACCCUGUCUACACCCACAGUGCAACGUCGUCGUCAUCCUCUUUGUCGAGGGAAGCCCCGUCGUCGUCAUCUGCGACGUCAUCCUUGUCAGCAUCGUCGUUCUCGUCCAUCAACGGAAAAGAACCCGAUUUUGUGUACACGCAUUUGGGCUCCAAGCUCAAGUCCGACCCGCGGUCGCGCAGUGGGUCCAAGGACCGAUCCCGGCGCGGGUCGGUAGACGACAAGCGGCGCCAGAAUUCGAUGACAGCAUCCAAGCUCAUUUCCAUCAACAUGCGAUCGAACCCCACGUUUUGUGCCAACUCAUCGACGACGACUUUGCAAACGUCAUCACGAGCUCAGAUGCGGUCGCAAACGAUGCUGGAAACUUCAACCAGUACAAGUUGGCCCAUUGGCAAAACCUCCAAGACAUUAUCAUCCACUGCCUCGUCGGUGUCCAAGCCCGCGGCAUCAUCGCAACCUGCAGUCUCCACCCCCGCCAAGACCUCCAAGACACUAUCAUCCUCCUUCAUUGCCUCGUCGUUGCAACAAUCGUCCAAGCCAGCGGCGGCAUCAUCGCAACCCGCCAAGGCGAUUAAGACCCGCACCUCCACAACGUCUUCCACCGUGCCGACUACGACGACCCCCCUUCCGAAAGAAGUGACUGUGGUUCGGCGCGACGUUAGCAACAAGCCAGACGCUACCAGUGUGAAGCCACCCCGGAAAGAGUUUUCAUUGGAUGAUCCAAUCUUGGAUCAACAGCCUCGGCCCGUCGAGGUGCCCGCGACGGUCGCGGUACCAGCCCCAGCCCCUCCAUCGGUAGAAAUGCUACAGAAACUCGAGCAGUUGGAACUGCAGCUGGCGGCCAAGAACGCCGAGUGCGCGCGCCUCGCGACCGAGUUGUCGAGUCAGGACGCACAGUGGAAAGUGCAGUUUGCCGCAUCGGACACGGCGUACAAGGGGCUGGAGGCGUCGGUGGCGGCGUUGGCCACCGACAAGCAAGCGCUGACGGCCCAGUUGGCGAACCUGGAGGCGCGCAUCCCGUCGGGCGAGUUGUCGACCAGCAAUCGCAUCGUGUGGCACUUGCGUGAGAUUUUGCGCGAAGAAGAGGCCGACAACAAGAUGGAGUCGGCGAAAGCGUCGCGCAUUGCAGCGUUGGUGAACCGGUUUGAAAAGUCCAACGCACAAGUGCAAGCCGACUUUGCGCAGCAGCUGCGCCACGAAAUCAAGUCCAUCGGGCUCACGCGGGCGUCGGCGUCGCUCAGUGUCGACUCGGCCACCACCAAUCAGACGGCGACCGUCGUCGAGCAGCUCGAAGAACGCAUUGCCCGCCACGAAGCCACGAUCGUCGCGCUGACGCGGGAGGCGCAGAACUCCCAGGCCCAGUUGGACCUUGCAUUGCAGACCGCCGUAGACAGAGACCAGGACGUGAUGCAGCUCGAGUCGAGGCUGACGUCGAUGCAUCUCGAGAGCUCCCCCGAUCAUGCUAGUGCAUCGUCGGUGGCUGCCUCUCAAAAGGCGGCUAUCCUACGCUUGGAAGCAUCGGUGGCGGCGUUGGAAGAGGUGGUUGCCCAGCGGGACGACGAAAAGGCCGAGUUAGAGUCCCACGUCCGGGAACUCACGCGCGCGACCCAGUCGGACGCGACGACCCAGGACAUGGAGCAUCUUCAAACCCAGGUGAAGCGGUUGCAAGCGGAACUCGAGGCCAAGGCGCACGAACUCGACGUCCUCCACUCGGAGACGCCGACGCGAGAAAGCCCGAGUGUGCUGCUCAACGACAGCUUCCUCUCGGUGCGCAAGUCGGUGCGGUUCGAAGACGACGAAGACAGCGGCAAGUUGCGCCAACAAGUCCGGAAGUUGGAGGCGGAGGUCGCCGAGAUGCGCGUGGCGCUGUACGAGCGCACGUGCGACGUGAACGCCCUCAAGCACGAAGUCCUGGCCAAUGUCGAAACGAUUGAACACUUGUCGUCGGAUUUCGCCAAGCGCGUGGAGGUAGGGGCCGGCAACGCCAUGGAAAAGAUGGACAUGUUCCUGUUUGAACAAGUAUGCGCCAAGCACAAGGAAGUGGAGGAGUUGGUGGCCGAGUUGGAGCGCAAGGAUGACGAGAUCAAGGAACUGCUGGCCCGGCCGUCGUCUACUCAUAACUUUGACCAACAAGUUGAGCAGUUGCAGACCAAGUGCGUCGAGCUGUCGGCGCAGCUCAAGGUGGCCAUGGAGCAAAACGCGCUGCUGACGCAAGAGACCCAGUUCCAAGCGCGCAGCAUCGAAAGCAAACAAAACCAGAUCAAGUCGCUGCUCGAGCUCAUGCAAAGCAAGGAGCACGAACUGGCCGAGCUCGACGAAGCGCUCGCGACGGCCGAAAUGCAGGUCGAGUACUUGAAGCACCAGUACAAUGUCACGUUCACCGCCGAGGAAGAGGACAGGUUCGCGGCUGCGUAUCGGGAAGGCGGGCGCCGCAGCUCCAUGUCCCAUCGACGGGAAUCUGCGACGUACCCCCCCAACAUUGCGCCGUAUUUUACGUCGUCGGCCAUGAUGGACGACGAAGGCUACGACGAGUACGACAGACCCCCCAUAGAGCGCAUGUCAGGCCAGUCGGGGGGGUCGUCCACGAUCUUGUCGACAGCCGCCAUGUCCUCCCCAACAACGUCGUUGUCGGUUGCAGAUGUCGAAUUUGGAGGGUCCCCUCGGUUUAGUUGUUUGAGUAUUGGGUCCCGCGACAGCAUUGCGUCGUCGCGAACCAGUGAAUGGGGAUUGGAGUUUUAGUAGAAGAAAUUAAUAUAAAGUGACUGGACUGUUGUG